CCGCUACGUCAGUUUGGACAUGCGCACUAGUGCGGUCAGGGCAGCUGCUGAUCGACGAGGAGAAAGCUAACCUGCAUUUCGGUGGAUUCCCUCAAAAAUACAAGCGUUUGUACUGGUGUAACAUCAGAUAUGGCCCGUGGGCACCAGAAGAUCCAGUCCCAGCAGAAAAAUGCCAAAAAGCAGGCCGAGAUCAAGAAGGCCAAAGGGCAUGACCAGAAGGCAGCAGCUAAGGCUGCUUUAGUAUACACAUGCGCUGUGUGUCGGACACAAAUGCCUGACCCGAAAACCUUCAAGCAGCACUUUGAAAGCAAACAUCCGAAGUCUCCAAUGCCCCCAGAGUUGGUAGGCGUGGAGGCUUAAUUGAGUCACCUGUCUCUCAGUAAGACGGUUGAAGCUGAUUCAGGAUGGCCUUUCACACCUUUGGAGUCAACAUGUAGUGAUUCACAUAACAUAUCUUCAGUAAAACCUUGGUUGUUCCUCCACUUUAUUAAUUGGCUUUUGAGAGUUAUCAUGGGAUGGUACUUCCUGGUAAUUAUCCCAUCUAGUUGUUUUUUUUCCCUAGCCUUCGCCUGCCAGAUUAUAAUGGACUGAAGGUACAUAACUAACAUCCACCCUCUCUAGGCUUGCUCCAAAAUAUCUGCAUGGUCCAUUUUUGAUUGUAAAUGAUCAUUUCAAUAUGUUGAACUCAAACGACCGGCUUGUCAACACUACACAUCUCAGGUUGAAGGACAAGCUUUGGAGAUAUUGAGUUGGCUUGGCUUAAUAAAGUUGAUGAUGAUAAUUGGAAGUCAUCCACAUCUAGUUUUAUGGAUGUUUGACAGGAAUAAACUUGUCAUAUAUUAGGUUUUGGCUUAGAAUGAUCAAGAAUGGAGCUCUUACAAUGAGUUUGAAAAGGCACAUUUAAAAACUCUAAUGUGCUAUUUGAAUUCCUGGUUGAUUCUGUUCUGCACUGAUUUUAUAUAUUUUUUUUUUUCCUCAAUAUAAAGAAUAUGUUGAACACACUGUGCUACACGGGUACUGAAUCUGCUCUUUGUAUCUGCCCCUCACAUAUUCAUGAAGCAUAUCUAGUCCGAGUGCCGUGUAUUGUUGUAAAAGGCAGUGCAGGUCUCACCACAGCCAACCCUUCCAUGACUGAAUUGCUUGAACCUUGUUGCAUUAUGCAUUGUGUCUGUUAAAAAUGGAUCUGUCAGUUAAGAUAAUUGUUUAUAGUGGUUGUUGUGAUUUAAUAAUAUUGACGAGCUACUCCUUUUCCCCCAGUUUGUCGUCAUAAGUACGUGACCUCAUUGUGCACAGCUGUAGUUGCUAAUGAUUUAGUUCCUCACUGUUGAAUUGUGCUGUGUAACUUGUCAUUCCUCCAUGACGUGUGUGAAAACAGACGUAUUUCAAUUCUGAACCUGCAUUAAAGGCUAAAAUUACACUGUAAGUUAACUUGGUUUUUUUUGUUAGUUUCCUAUCAUAUAGCAUGCUUACAGAUAGAUUUAAUUUAUGGAAAGGAAUUAUUUUUCAAUACAUUUGGACCUACCGGUCUUGAACCACUGACAUUGUAUCACUGUGCUAAAGUCUGGACUGACAACCAGCCAUGUUUUUACUUUUGUAAUAAUCAUAUCUUUGUCAGCGCAAUGUAAUGUAUAGCCUUUUA